UGUGAGAUUUUUUCAGAUAAGAAGAAAUGCAGAUCACGGAACAGAGCUUCGUCUCCAAGAGCCUUCAUGCUCAUCUUUUUCUGAAAAAAAAUUGCAGAAAACUCAGUAAAGGUAUAAAAUUUAGAACCACAUUAGCUAGAAAAAGAGAUUUAUCUGAGAAUUCAAGGGCUAAACAAGGACCCAUCUUCCCGUUAAAGGUUUCAAACACAAUUCUUGCUCGAGCUAUGGUCGCUGUGUUUGGAUUAGGAUUCAUUGAUGCCGGGUACAGUGGAGACUGGUCAAGGAUUGGAGUGAUCUCAAAAGGGAGCGAGGAUUUGCUGAAGGCUGCAGCUUUUGUAGUAGUCCCCUUGUGUUUGUUUCUCAUAUUGUCCUUGUCUAGAGAACCCAAUUCUUGAAAAAACAGGGAAUUUCUAUGACUUGCAGUGGAGCAAAUUAACACUGACCUGUAUUUUGGAAGUGGUGAUGGGAUUUGAAUUUGUGUAAAUUUGCAUAAAACAUAAUAUUAAAUUUUCUUUUAGUUUACAUAAA